AAUCCGAGAACUGCCGAGAAGCGAAGAACUCGGACCGAGUUCUAGCACCGUAGAGACAGGUCUUUAUUAUACUUGACAAUCGAGUGGUCCUUUUUCGCGAACUUUGGUACAUAGAAAAAAAUAACUCUCGGACGCGCGUAGGCGACCGUGAGCGACUGUUGACGUACUUCGUGAAUUCCGACCAACUCCGACAGGCAGCAACAAGAGUUCCUCGUGAAAUAAUGUCCCAUCAGACUGGAAUUAAGGCCAAUGACGCAUUGAAGAAGUUGUUCGCGAAAUGCCGUGACGGAAAGAUACGAGUACUAAAAAUUUCUAUAGAGAAUGAGGAAUUAACUCCAGCAUCUAGUCUGAAGCCAAUUAACAAAUGGCACGAUGAUUACGAUAAGAUGAUCAAGCCACUGAUUGUGGAAAAUCAACCAGCUUAUAUUCUUUAUAGAUUGGACACAAAAUCGCCAGAUUCUGGCUAUGAUUGGUUAUUUAUAUCUUGGUCUCCCGAUACUGCACCAGUACGACAGAAAAUGCUUUAUGCUUCUACUAAGGCUACGCUCAAGCAGGAAUUCGGUACAGCCUCAAUAAAGGAGGAAUUACAUGGCACUGUCCCGGAAGAUAUUACAUUAGAUGGUUAUCACAAACAUAAGAGAAACGAUACAGCACCUGUACCACUGACAACGGCAGAGGAAGAAUUAGCUGAAUUGAAGAAGACUACCGCGACUACCGACUAUAGUGUCGAAACAAGACAUCAGACCUUGAGUGGCGUGGCCUUUCCAGUAACAGAUGAAGCCAAGCAAGCCAUUGUGGAGCUGGGUAAAGGAAUUCACGAAUACAUUCAAUUAAAAAUUGAAUUAGAAGAAGAAAAGAUACAUUUAGUCACAGCUUGCGAUGUUUCAUUGGAUAAAUUACCUACUAAAGUUCCGUCUGAUGCUGCUAGAUAUCAUCUUUAUAAUUUCAAGCAUACUCAUGAAGGAGAUUAUACAGAAAGCAUAGUUUUCAUAUAUAGUAUGCCAGGAUAUAAUUGCAGUAUUAAAGAAAGGAUGUUAUAUUCUUCAUGCAAAGCACCUCUGUUGGACCUAAUCCAGUCUCUAGGAGUAACUAUAAUAAAAAAGUUGGAAGUUAAUAGUGGAGAGGAAUUGGCAGAUAAGUUGGAAGAUCCUCCAAGCAUAAAAGACUCAGCUGCAAUAACUCCUGCAACUCCAUCGACACCUUGUGCUCCUACUCAAUCCAUACCAGAGAAAAAAUCAAAACAGAAACGGUCUUGUGUCUUAAGCUAAAACUGGCCUAAAGCAUUUAUCUCUGCCAUUAUUAUUGCUUUUGCUAAUUGAAGUGUUUAUGAUGUUUUGUGCAUCAAAUAUCUUCCUUCAUGAAUUCCAGAAUUGUGAUAAUAUGAUAUUGACAUAGGAUAUGUCGUUAAAAUAAUGGGU